AUGCAUCGUACUUCUAGAUUAGUAUCUCGCUCUCUCUCACGUCGCGCGUUGUUUCAGGGAUCUUUGAGUUCCUCUUCUUCCCACUUGGGUUUUGGAUGCCGGACGCUUUCUUCGGCCGUACCGACAUCUUCCAGGACAUCCUAUACAACCCUUGCAGGGGUAGCAGCAGUCAGUGGUCUAGCCGGAUACCUCCUCUCCCAAUCGAUAUCGGAGAACAAACCCGACGACGCGCUAGUGACACCUGUAUAUGCAACUAAAGCCGCCGUUCUAAAAGCUAUUACUGAACUGGAAACACUGUUGUCAAAAGACAAUGUCUCGACUGACUCUGACGUACUCAAAGCCCAUGGGUUCUCGGAUAACUCGUAUCAUCCCAGUGCACCGCAUAGCGUGGUCGUACUCGCACACAGCACCGAAGAUGUUGUUAAGAUCGUGAAAAUUGCCAACAAAUAUCGUAUUCCCGUUACUGCUUUCAGCGGUGGCACCAGUUUAGAAGGCCACUUUGGCGGAACACCAGGAGUUGGGGGUAUAUGCAUCGAUCUGUCGAACAUGGAUCGUAUCAUAAGCAUCAACGAAGCCGACUCGGACAUGGUCGUGCAGUCGGGAGCAAAGUGGGAAGAUAUCAACCAUACUUUGGAGGAUCAAGGAAUUCCGCUGUUCUUCCCGUUGGAUCCAGGUCCGGGUGCAACCAUUGGCGGAAUGAUAGGGACAGGGUGCUCGGGCACCAACGCCGUACGGUACGGAACUGCAAAAGCUGAAUGGUUCCUCAACGUCACCGUGGUCCUCCCCAACGGCGAAGUGAUCAAAACACGCCGACGAGCGCGUAAGAGUUCAGCUGGGUUUGAUACUACCAAACUCUUUAUUGGGGCUGAAGGCACACUUGGGAUCGUGACGGAAGCUACGCUUCGACUGGCCCCUCGACUUCCGACCUCUGUUGCGACAGUUGGGUUCUCCGAUGUUCGCCAAGCAGUCGACGCAGUGGCUGAAAUUUUGAACAAGGGCGUCCCGAUUCAAUGUGUCGAAUUGCUUGAUGAUCAUAUGAUGGCUGCAAUUAACAAAGCAAACCUGGCCGACCGCAAAUACGCAGAAAUGGAUUCAUUGUUCUUCAAAUUCCAAGGCUCUCCAGAGGCUCAAAAGGAAGCAUCAGCUACCAUUAAAAAGAUUGUCGAGAAACACGGGGGGAAACACUUUCAGGCGGCCCGCGACGAGAAAGAGGCGAGCGACCUGUGGCAGAAUAGGAAGUAUGCGCUUUGGAGUACCAUGGCUUUGUACCCAGGUGCGAGGGCCUGGACAACAGAUGUGGCCGUUCCGGUAUCUCGUCUUCCCGAGCUUGUUCUCGAGACAAAGAAAGACUUGGCAGACUCUAACCUCAAGUCCACCAUCGUAGGUCAUGUAGGAGAUGGCAACUUCCACGCGAUUAUGAUUAUACGAAAUGCUGAAGAAUUAGAGGCCGUACGAGAAGCAGUUCAUCGAUUGGUUCACCGCGCACUCGCCUUGGACGGAACUUGUACCGGCGAGCACGGUGUAGGCGUUGGAAAGAAAGAAUAUCUUGUUGAAGAGCUUGGCCCGGGCACAGUCGAACUUAUGCGAACCGUCAAGCGGGCUAUUGAUCCUCAUAAUCUGUUCAAUCCUGGAAAGUAG